AUGCCUCCUCCCCCUCCGCCCCCUCCUCCGCCGCCGCCGGGAGGGUUAGGUGGCCCUCCCCCGCCGCCUCCUCCAGGAAACUUGCCAAACCGACCACAGAAGGGCGCAGCAAAGGAUAGAGGCGCCCUGCUCAAUGAUAUUCACAAAGGCGCUCGAUUGAAGAAAGCUGUUACCAAUGAUAGAUCCGCGCCAAUCAUCGCGAGUGGUGGAGGAGGCUCAGCUGCACCUCCUGUUGGAGCAGCGCCGCCAGUUCCCGGGGCAAUGAAAUCGCCUUCCGGGCUCGCUCCGCCGGUACCCCCGGCUGGCAGAUUGCGAAGCAACAGUGAAGGAGUGACUGGGUCGGACAAUACAUUGGGAGCCCCGGCAGCUCAAUUAGGUGGUCUUUUUGCCGGCGGAAUGCCGAAAUUACGCAGCCGAGGUGGUGUUGAUACAGGUGCCUUUCGAGACUCACCAUACAUGUCCGACUCCGAGGCUGCGCGCCGAGCACCUUCUGCACCAGCUCCCAAACCUCCCACAGCUCCCCGGCCACCAGGUGCACGGCCACCACCUCCGCCGCCAUCUACUGAGUCCCCACCUGCUCCGCCUGUGAACCCACUGGUCGCUCAGCUGAAGAAACCUCCUCCACGACCAGCGGCAAGACCGUCAUCUUCGAUAUCUACAGCAGCUGGCAAGAGUGCACCAGAAGCUCCCCCUCCCCGAGCUCCUCCACCUCCUCCAGGUGGUAAGGCUCCGCCGCCUCCUGCAACCCGCAAACCCUCUGGAGCACCGCCGCCGCCUCCUCCAGCAGCUAGCCCAGUAGCCCCUCCCCCUCCUCCACCUUCUGCUCCUCCUACCACUACACGGGGCGCUCCUCCGCCUCCUCCACCGUCUGGUGGCCCGCCAUCCAUAGCCGCCCAAGCCGCUCGCAGUGCUCUGAACAAUUCAAGCACACCCGCGGCACCCCCACCACCUUCUGCUGCCCCUGCAGCUCCCCCUCCGCCUCCACCAGCUUCGGCUCCUCUAGCUCCGGCAAGCGAACCACCAUAUCGCCCCUCUCCAGUUCCCUCGCCUCAUUCUGCACUGGAUCCCAGCGCGUAUACACUGACCAAUGGCCGUUCAUCUCCUGCACAUAUCACUCAGAGUCUAUCAUCACACGGUCUCGUCCAAAUAGACGAUCCUCGGUUCAAGUUUCAAAGCGAUGGUCUACUUCCUAAGCCGCGGCCCUUUACCGGUGGAGAGCGCAGGUACCGUGCCGGUAGAGGCAGUAGUGUACCAUUGGAUCUGAGCGCAUUGCGUGGUUGA